AUGACCUCACGCAGGACCAGCAAGCGGUCUCGAGAGGCCCGCAGGAAUACUCAAAAAAGCAGCAAGAACUCUGCAGAGACCAGCAAACAGUCUCAAAACACCCAAAAGAAUACUCAAAACACAAGCACGGUUGCGCAGUCCGUGGAGGAUAAAAGCACAGCCAAGGAAUUCUUCGAGUUCCAGACGAAAAAGAAAGAGCUUUGCAGCAGCAAGACUCCUGCAGCCGAGCGCUGGAAGGCUCUCAAGGCUCCCUACCCACUCCCAGGCUCGCAGCACCGAGGCAUCUUCAUCCCGCCGAAUGCGCCAGAAGGCAAAUUCUACAUCGGACUCGGGACGGUCGUCGAGGUAGGGCUCAAUGCACGCGGGGGCAUCUACGUGUGGGUCGUGCCAAAUGCGAAAAACGACCGCAAGUGCAGCAGACUCCACCGCUUCUUCGACCCCGACACCGAACAGCCCAUCCCCCGCAAGUACCUGCCGGCCCGACGGCGGAUCUUUACAGCUGAGAGGAAACCCAACCCCUGGCAGGGUCUCAGGACGGACCUCUUCUGGACUGUCAAGGGUUAUGAAGCCGACUGGGAUAAAGACUACGAAGAGUGGAAGAAACCUGCCAAGCUGGGCGACGAGGCCCGUGGGUACUACUGGUGCUUUACACACAGGCGGUACGAAGGUGUGGGCCGGGUGAGCCGAGUCGUUGGUGUGUGCGAUCGCUUCGUGGACCCUAUUCCAGGCAAGGUUGGAGGGGUCAUGAAUCGGUUUUACUACGACCAGGAUGACAGAUUCUUUGAGGCGAGGGAGUCUGUCUAUGAGGUGCAUUAUAUGGAUCUCCCUCGGUGGGUCAAAACGGACGCCACGACUACUGCUGGAAAGCCUGAUGAGAAGAACAACCACGACGCAGCACGCCAGGAGCCGCCGCGCUCGGCCGCAUCUAAGAAUUCUCUGAUGGCUUACAUGUUUGCCGAGGGAAACUACCGUGAGACGAUUCUCCCGGAGCUCGGCUCGAGGGAUUACGGGGCCUAUCUGGCACCCGAUGGAAAGUGGUACUUUGGCUUUGGCAAGGUCGUUGCGAUUGGGAUGAGGUACUCUGACUGGGGCUACACUCUUGUUGAGCCCAUUGGAGGCAAGGAAGGCCAUGACCAUGAGUUCUUUCAUCCCAUCAGUGGCGAGCCUAUGCCCAGGUUUUCGGUGGACGUUACCACGGCGAUGAGAUGGCCAUGGCGUGCACACUUUACUCGGACACUCAGUGAGCUGAAUCCAAAGUACGAGGAUGCGGUUUGA